AGCGAUAUGAUGAGCUGCGGCGGGCAGCAUCACGAGGAAAGGUCGGAGACGCCAGCCACAGCCAAAUGGGCACGGACGAGGACCGGACGAGGACCAACAUGACCCCCAGAGGGAGGGGAAGCCGAUGGCAUCCUCAGCCAAAAGAAAACAAGGCUGAGGAUGCCUCGAGAUCUGCCUCUGAGGCGGACAUUUGCGAGAAUAAAGAAGGCCGGAGGAAGAGUGUUGCCCAUCAACCGGCCUUCCCCUCCUCCCGAAGUGGGAGGGGGAGGCAACUGCUUAAGGGUACUGUGAAACGGAGAGUGGGCAACCUUCCUACUCUGAAGCCGAACAGACGGAACCACAAGAUGGCGGACGACGCGCAGCAGCCAGAUGAGGAGUUCUACGUCCGCUACUAGUAAGUGAUCUCAGAACCAAGCACAGCGGCACGUGCUGCACGAGCCAAGUAUGACAUCACGCUUCGGUGUGUGUGUGUGUGUGUGUGUGUGUGUUGUGUGUCCACCAGCGUGGGCCACAAGGGCAAGUUCGGUCACGAGUUUCUGGAGUUUGAGUUCCGUUCGGAGGGCAGGCUGCGCUACGCCAACAACAGCAACUACAAGAACGACACCAUGAUCAGAAAGGAAGGUACGCUACGCAGAUAUAUGGCCUCCCUCCCUCGUACGACCGACAGGCAUACCGGCGGCGCGGCGGGAGGGCAUCACUGACUGGUUGAUGUGCUGCUUGGUCGAUGUGUGUCUCCCAGCGUAUGUGUCUCAAUCGGUCAUCAAUUGCCUCAAGAAGAUCAUAGAGGACUCUGAGAUCGUCAAGUGAGCCGGAUGGAUGGACACACGGAGGCCCUGCAGGCUGUGCUGUGGCCAUCCCGUAUCAAUGUGAGUCGGUUCGUGUUUGUGUAUCCAGGGAGGACGACUGCUACUGGCCUGCACCUGACCGUGUCGGCCGUCAGGAGCUGGAGGUGGUCCAGGGCAACCACCACAUCUCAUUCACAGUCAGCACACACAACACGCGCAUUCAUACUCCUCGGUCGGUCGCCACGGCUUACCAUCUCCUCUGUGUUGAUGUGUUUGUUGUGGAUGGUUCCCUCACUGUCAGACGUCGAAGAUCGGUUCGCUGGCGGACGUGCAGGCGAGCAAGGACCCCGACGGCCUGAGGGUGUUCUACUACCUCGUGCAGGACCUCAAGUGCUUCGUCUUCUCCCUCAUCGGACUCCACUUCAGGGUAAGGUUGCAACACCACACCACUACACACACACAUCAAGCGCCACACACGUGGCUGAGUGUGUUGGUGUGGUGGUUCGAAUGAUGCGUGCAGAUCAAGCCCGUGUGAGUCCGUUGCUGCCCCCCUGCCCCAUCCACCCAUUCCCCCGUCCCUCGCUCAGCCUGUUGUGUCGAUGAGGACUGCUGCCUACCUACAUGCCUACCUGCCUACCGACUGCUGCCUGAUACUGUUGCUGAGUGCAUGCUUUCAUGCGUGACGGAUUUUAAUGCCAUGCAGCCCUGCUGCGUACCAGUCUAGCUAGCUACAUGGGUGCAUCUGGCUGCUGACCCUUGGAACAUACAGACAGACGGGGCCAGCAUGUGUGUGUGUGGACACUCGAACAAUGAACGAUUCAUGCCAUGCCUUC